AUCCCUGUCCACCACGUCCAUUCAGUUCUCUGCAAUCCGCUGCUGUCAGAUAGCCACGAAAAUCAUCAGAAUUCUCGGCUUUCAAAUCGCUAAAUCACUCAAGCACAUAACCCAAUCCAUUAUCUCAACGUGACCAACCACCCAGACUCAAUGGAAGAUCCUUCGGGCUCAGGAGGAUGGCGAUUUGCCCAGUGCUUCGGCGACAAGGGCGAAGUUGAAGACAUUACAGAAGCCGACAUCAUUUCCACCGUCGAAUUCGACUCCACAGGCAAUUACCUUGCGACUGGAGACAAGGGGGGGCGCGUCGUUCUCUUCGAGCGGAAUGAAAUGAAAAAGGGCUGCGAGUACAAGUUUUACACUGAAUUCCAAUCACAUGAGCCAGAAUUCGAUUACCUGAAGUCUCUGGAAAUCGAGGAGAAGAUAAACAAGAUCAAGUGGUGCAGACGGCAGAAUGCUGCUCACUUUUUGCUAUCAACAAAUGACAAAACAAUUAAGCUGUGGAAAGUGUUCGAGAAGUCCCUGCGGGUAGUAACUGAAUCAAACCAUUUCGAUGGCCAGCGUCAAUUACCACCACCUUCAGCGCCCAGUCAUUUGAGGCUCCCCCGUAUGACAGCACAGGACAACAUCAUAGCAGCUGUUCCCCGGAAAGUCUACUCCAAUGCUCAUGCAUACCACAUACACUCCAUCUCCGUCAACUCCGACCAGGAAACAUACAUCUCAGCGGACGAUCUGCGGAUCAAUCUUUGGAACCUCAAUAUUAGCGACCAGAGCUUUAAUAUCGUCGACAUUAAACCCGUGAAUAUGGAGGAAUUGACAGAGGUCAUCACCGCUACCGAAUUCCACCCAACGCAAUGCAAUCUCUUUAUGUAUUCGAGCUCAAAAAGCAACAUCAAACUCGCAGAUAUGCGUGACUCGGCGCUCUGUGACCGACAUGCCAAAUGCUUUGAAGAGGAAGAAGAUCCGACAACACGCUCAUUCUUUUCAGAAAUUAUCUCCUCCAUCUCGGAUGUCAAGUUCAGCCAUGACGGUCGCUAUAUCCUGGCGCGUGACUACCUGUCGUUGAAGAUCUGGGAUGUCAACAUGGAAUCACGACCAGUGAAGACGAUCCCAAUCCACGAUCACUUACGCGGUAAGCUAUGCGAUCUCUACGAAAAUGACUGCAUUUUCGACAAAUUCGAGUGUGUUUGGGGCGGUGACGAUAAACAUGUGCUGACGGGCUCUUACCACAACUACUUCCGGAUAUACGAUACCGACACUUUAAGUGAUGUUGUGCUGCAAGCAGACAAAUCCGCAUUCAAGGCGAAAAAGAUCGGAGGGCCAUUACCCGGCGCCAAGGGAGGAGCGAAGAAUGGCCCGAGGCCGGGUGGUUUGAGAGAUGCGAUGCAGCUGGAUACCCUUGAUUUUAACAAGAAGAUCUUGCAUGCAAGUUGGCAUCCUCGGGAAAACACCAUUGCCAUUGCUGCUACGAACAAUUUGUUCCUCUAUAGCGCUGCAUAAUAGAGUGGAUGACCCUGCUAUUGUUCUCUUUCACCGUCGUUACCGCCCAUUUUCCUUGAACUCACCCUCAUCGUACGAACCACUACUCCUAAGAGUGCCUCACUUGAAGGACCGAUGGACUGCGAAAGCAAUGAUCACACCUGCAUGGACAGAACCGAGCAAGACAAGCUCGUCACCCUGGCCGCCCAGCCGUACACGUUCUCGUUUUCAGCUUUCUGUUUUUCUUUCUUUCAAGUACAUCUACAAUCAUCAACUUACUCCAUUGUUCAUAAAUCUAUACAGCCGUCCCGGCCUCCGUUGUAAUUCUUCCUGCGUACAACUUGCUUACGAUACCACCUCCUUCCAUCCCUCUGCGUCUGUCGUUGUUUGCUAUGGUCGAUACCAUCCUUUCACGUUUCCGUCUUCUUACCUUCUUCUUCCCCCCCUUUUUAGAAAUUAAAUAAAGAUGAGCAAAAGAAGUACAAGAAGUCUGGCAAUAUUGAAAGCAAGAAGUAAUGUCAAGGUUGAAAUAAAUGGGUCCCCUACAUGUAUUAUACUUCCCCUCACAAAAUAUCUUUUACUUC